ACUUCCGGUCACCUGGCGACUGGCCAAAUCCGGAUGUGAUGUCAGCUCCACUUUGUUGCGGGAGGAGUCAAGGCUGGUCUUCGCAUUUCCUCACUUAGCAACCGGAGUGCACAGGAGCUAGAGAGGCAGCUAUGGAUACAAGGCUUUGCUGAGAGAUGUGGGCAUGGCUGCAGCCCUACAGAUCUUGCCCUGUCUCCUCCGAGCCCCAUCACGCCCCUUCCUCUGGGGGCCCCCAGUGGCCCGGAUGACCAGUGGUAUGGCCUUGGCAGAACAGGCAAGGCAGCUGUUUGAGAGUGCUGUGGGCGCUGUGCAGCCGGGCCCCAUGCUGCAAAGGGCACUGUCCUUGGAUCCUAGUGGCAAACAGCUGAAGGUGCGGGAUCGGAGCUUCCAGCUACAUGAAAACCUCUACCUAGUGGGCUUCGGCAAGGCUGUAUUGGGCAUGGCAGCUGCAGCUGAGGAGCUACUGGGCCAGCAUCUUGUGCAGGGUGUGAUCAGCGUUCCCAAGGGGAUCCGAGCUGCUAUGGAGCAGGCUGGAAAGCAAGAGAUGCUGCUGAAGCUGCACAGCCACAUCCAGGUGUUCGAGGGUGCGGAGGACAACCUGCCGGAUCGUGAUGCUCUGAGGGCUGCACUGGCCAUCCAGCAGCUGGCCGAGGGCCUCACAGCCAGCGACCUGCUGCUUGUGCUCAUCUCAGGUGGGGGAUCAGCCCUGCUGCCUGCUCCCAUCCCACCUGUCACACUGGAGGAGAAACAGACGCUCACCAAGCUGCUGGCAGCCCGUGGAGCCACAAUUCAGGAGCUGAACACCAUCCGGAAGGCCCUGUCCCAGCUGAAGGGUGGAGGGCUGGCUCAGGCUGCCUAUCCUGCUCAGGUGGUGAGCCUCAUCUUGUCGGAUGUGAUUGGGGACCCUUUGGAGGUGAUCGCCAGUGGCCCUACCGUGGCCAGUUCCCACAGCGUGCAAGAUUGCCUGCAUAUUCUUAAUCACUACGGCCUUCGUGCAGCUCUGCCGCGUUCCGUGAAGACUGUGCUCUCUCGAGCUGACUCUGACCCCCGCGGGCCACACACUUGUGGUCAUGUCCUCAAUGUGAUCAUCGGCUCGAAUUCUCUGGCUCUGGCUGAGGCUCAGAGGCAGGCUGAGGCCCUGGGCUACCAUGCCCUGGUGCUGAGCACAGCCAUUCAGGGUGAUGUAAAAAAUGUGGCCCGGUUCUAUGGAUUGCUAGCCCGGGUGGCUGCAGCCCGCCUCGCUCCAUCCACGGCUGGGCGUUCCUUGGAGGAGGAGGAGGAGGAGGAGGAGGAGGAGGAGGAGGAGGAGGAGGCAAAACUCCAUCAGCUGGCAGCUGAGCUCCGGCUCCCAGACCUGCAGCUGGGGGAGGCUCUGGAAGCGGUGGCAAAGGCUAACGGCCCAGUCUGCCUCCUGGCUGGUGGUGAGCCCACAGUGCAGCUGCAGGGCUCUGGCAGGGGUGGCCGGAACCAAGAGCUGGCCCUGCAUGUGGGAACAGAGCUGGGAAGACAGCCACUGGGGCCCGUUGAUGUGCUCUUUUUGAGUGGAGGCACUGAUGGGCAGGAUGGGCCCACCAAGGUGGCUGGGGCCUGGGUCAUGUCUGAUCUUGUCAGCCAGGCUUCUGCUGAGGGCCUGGACACAGCCACCUUCCUUUCCCACAACGACUCGUACACCUUCUUUUGCCGCUUCCAGGGUGGAACACACUUGCUGCAGACAGGGUUGACAGGGACCAAUGUCAUGGAUGUCCACCUCCUGAUUUUUCAUCCUCAGUGACGGCCUAGCUCCUAUUUUGAGAGUAUAUGGGUAAUUAUGGGCAGGAUCUCGUGGGAAGGUCACGGGCUUGUCGCCAGGACCUCACUGUGCUUUAGGAUCCCUGUCCCCUUAGCCUGGCUCCCUGUUGCUCCACCCACCUCCCACAGAUCGGCUCCAUAUCCAUUCCCCAACUAGUCUA